AUGAGAGCUAAACUAUUUUUUGGCUUUUUCAUAGUCACCGCGAGUAUAUUAUGUUGUGAAGAUGUAUACGGGCAAAUUUUGUGGCAAGUCGAGGAUUAUUUCUAUAAUUCAAGAGAUAAGAGGUCGCCAGAAAUCGGUCAAAAAUACGCUGAAUCAAACGCCACGCAAUUGAACGGCACCUCGUUGAAUCAUAAAAGGCUACUUGACACUUUUAAAACAAGAUGGCCGGUGGAGGAAUGGCGGGAGUUCCGAUACUUCACAGAUGAUUAUUUGGAUUUGAUAAAUGAACACUGGCUACAGUUCUCACCGCCCAGCGAAGUGAUGCAGAAGAGUCUGGGCGCUAUCUACGUUUUGUUCUCGACUGUCGGAUGCUGGGGGAAUGUUAUAGUUUUAUUCAUGUAUUUAAGGUAA